CCAAGAUGGCAGCGGCAGCAGGCGGUCGCUUCCUCCGCGUAGGUUGCUGCUGGUCCCGGCUGCCGUUGACCGGUAGACGGGCUAGUGCACGGAAAAAAGUUACUGGGAACAGGCUUUAUUCUGGAAGCUCAUCCCUCCCAGGAGCAGCAGGAGCUGAUCUUCCAGGUUCUGAAGAAGUGGUCAUUCCAAAGAGAAGAACUUGGGAUAAUACAGCAGUUCUUCAAGCUCUGGCAUCCACCACCCAGAGGGAUCCUACAGCCGCCCAUUACAUAUUCCAGGAUGAUCCUUUCCUCACCCCAGUCACGUCUUCAGAAGCCCGUAUGUUUUUAUUGGCAAAGGAUUCUGGAAAGAAUGCAGCAAAAUAUGUUAUUAAUACAUAUCCCAAAUUUUUUGAGAAGGAUAUAGCUGGACCGCAUAUACCGUGCCUGAUGCCUGAGUACUUGGACCCUCAGCUUGAAGAAGUAAGUGAGGCUGCCCUCCAGGAGCGCAUCCGGCUUCACAGAGUCAAAGCCUCUGUGGACAUGUUUGACCAGCUCCUUCAAGCAGGGACUUCUGUAUCUUUGGAAACAGCCAACAGCCUCUUAGAUCUGCUGUGUUACUAUGGUGACCAAGAGCCUCCACGAGAAGAGCAACCUCAUCAAAUUGAUGAAUCAGAAUUGGAGGAAGCAGAAGAAAAACCAGCCCAGAAGGGGUCCAGACAGAAAGUGGCUACAUCGCAGCCCAAGAUCACCUGGAGAGCAAACAACAGUGCAGAGAGAAUUUUCGACCUAAUGCCAGAGAAAAACGCUCAUUCCUAUUGCGCGAUGAUCCGAGGAAUGGCCAAGUAUCAUGCCAACGAGAAGGCCUUCAGCAUGUACACGGACUUACUGAACAGCCGGCUCCAGGCUGAUGUUCAUACCUUCAAUGCACUGAUUGAAGCUUCAGCCUCAGUGAAAGACAGAUAUGAAGAUAAAUGGAAUCUCAUAUUGGAUUUGUUGAGACAAAUGGCUGAACAAAAGGUGAAACCAAAUCUCCAAACAUUUAACGCCAUUCUUCGGACCCUUAGGAAAAUGGGUUCCUUUGGGAGAAUUCCUGCCUUGCAGACCCUGUGUGAAAUGAAAGCCCUCAAGAUAGAACCUUCACUUUCAACGUAUCACUAUAUACUUGAGAUGUUUUACAAAUCCGCCCCAGCUGUCAAAAUCUCCUCUAGUUAUUUCUGUGACAUCAUCAGUGAGCUCCAGGGCAAGAAGCUGUGUGUACAGGACCUGGACGAUGGCCACUUUUUUCUGUCUGCUAUGAAGGUGUGUUUCAUGCUGAAAGACCUUGACCUCGCCUACCAAGUCCACAGCAUCUUAAGGACCGGUGACAAUUGGAAGCUGCUUGGGGAUUCCUUUCAGAAUUCCUUCUAUUACCACAAGUUCUUCAGUCUUCUGUGCCUGAUGGAGCAAGUGGAUGUCACUUUGAAGUGGUACAGGGAGCUGAUCCCUUCCGUCUGCUUUCCUCACUCGCACCUCCUGAUGAAUCUUCUCCGGGCCCUGGAUGUGGGGAGCCGCUUAGAAAUGAUCCCCGAGAUCUGGAGAGAUUGCAGAGAAUUUGGUCUCAGCCAGCGGAAUGAUCUGAGGGAAGAAAUCCUGGAGCUGAUGGCCAGAGAGAAGCAUCCCCCGGAGCUCCAGGGAGCAUUUGCUGACUGUGCUGCUGAUAUUAAAUCUACGUAUGAAAAUGACGGAGGCAGGGUCUUGCAGGAGUGGCCCACCGGCCCCAUGAAUUGUAUUGCUGUCCUCCUCCUGAGGGGUGGCAGGACCCAGGAGGCCUGGCAAAUGUUGGAGAAUUUCAAGAAGCACAACAGAAUCCCCAGAACCACGCUGAUGAAUGAAUUCAUGAACAGUGCGAAGGAAAACCAUAAUCCUGUCCGGGCUGUGCAGCUGGUGAAGCUGGCCCACACUCUGGGCUUAGCCAUUUGUGAGCCCCUCACCCAGAUAGUACUGGCUGAGUUUGACGUCUCCAAGGAGCAGAAAAAAGCCCUGGAAGACUUAGCGGGGACAACCAGUGACAGCGACAGCAGCAGCAGCAGCGACAGCGAGUGAGGGUUGACGUCACUCCCCAAGCCCCUGAAGCUUCGCUGGAUCCAGAGCUGAAUCAGGCAGGGGAGGGGGUGGAGCGGCGGGCACGUGGGAAUAAAUGCCCUGUGUCCAUCC